AUGGAAGCUCCACUGACUUUCGCUUGCCAUGUGGUGGCCAUGCCCUACCCAGCUCGUGGCCACAUAAACCCAAUGAUGAACCUUUGCAAGCUAAUGGUCUCCAAAAACAGUAGUAUCCUCGUAACCUUUGUCGUCACCGAAGAAUGGCUUGGCUUCAUCGGAUCCGAUCCGAAACCCGACAACAUUUGGCUCAGCUCAAUCCCCAACGUUGUCCCGUCGGAGCUGAUUCGCGGACACGACCACCCCGGAUUCAUGGAAGCUGUCAUGACCAAGAUGGAAGCGCCCUUUGAACAGCUACUCGACCAUCUUCAGAUGCCGCCUACAAUCAUUUUAUAUGAUACUUUCUUGUACUGGGUCGUCGUUGUCGGAAACCGAAGGAAUAUUCCGGUGGCGUCGUUUUGGACAAUGUCUGCGUCAAUUUUCUCCGUGCUCCUUCACCGUCACCUAUUGGAACAAAAUGGUCAUUACCCCGUGAACUUGUCAGAAAACGGUGAUAAACGUGUGAAUUAUAUUCCUGGAAUUUCCCCAAUGCGCCUGGCCGAUUUCCCACUAAACGACGGUAGUUACCGCUGCACCCGACUAUUGCAAUAUAGCAUGAAAGGUAUCACAUGGGUUCACAAAGCACAGUAUCUUUUAUUCACUUCCAUAUAUGAGCUCGAGCCUCGAGCCAUUGAUGUCCUAAAAGCAGAGUUGUCUUUGCCCGUUUACAUUAUUGGCCCUGCCAUACCUUAUUUUAGCCUUGAAGGAAAUAAUCCCAUUUUGUUGAGCACCAAUGGGACUAGCCAUAACUACUUUGAGUGGCUAGAUGCACAACCCAUUGCUUCUGUUCUUUACAUCUCGCAAGGAAGCUUUUUCUCGGUUUCAAGUUCUCAAAUUUAUGAGAUUGCAGCUGCUUUGCGCGAAAGCAAGGUUCGAUUCUUAUGGGUCGCCCGUAGUGAGGCUUCAAGGUUGAAAGAAAUCUGUGGGAACAUGGGAUUAGUUUUGGAAUGGUGUGAGCAGUUGAGAGUGUUGUCUCAUCCAGCUAUUGGAGGUUUUUGGUCUCAUUGUGGAUGGAAUUCCACAAAAGAAGGUGUUCUUGCCGGGGUUCCAUUUCUGACAUUCCCAAUAAUUAUGGACCAACCACUAGACAGUAAGAUGAUUGUAGAGGAUUGGAAGGUUGGCUGGAGGGUGAAGGAAGACGUUAAUAGAAAUACUUUGGUAAGUAAAGAUCAAAUUGCAAGCCUAUUGCAGAAAUUUAUGGAUUUGAAUGGUGACCUUUCAAGGGAAAUGAGGGAGAGAACCAAAAAGCUCCAGCAGUUAUGUCAUCAUGCAAUGGCACAUGGUGGGUCUGCUGCAACUGAUUUCAAUGCCUUUAUUAGCGAUAUAAUGAAUUAA